AUGGAUAGAAAAAACCAUUUUAUUUUGGUUUAAUAAAUCAAAAGUAAACAAAUAUUGCUUGGCUGCUGGUGGAACUAUUCUCGAUAUCCGAAUUUUCAACAUGCUAUGAUCUAACUAAGUAAUAUUAAUUAUAAUUAAUAUUAAUAGAAAUUUAACAAAAUUAAGAAUCCAUGAUUGAAAUUCAAAAAGAAAAGGAAUUUUCUCUUUCAUAUUAGACUUCACAGAUUAACGAAAAAUUUAAAUUAAUAAAUUCAAUCAAACACUCACGAAAAAGCAAUUCACUAAUUUUUAAUUCAACUUCAAGCAUUUUAGUUGUUACAAGUAAUGAAAACUUGAUCCUAUUUCAUUUUAAAUAAGGGCAUAUUAAGAAAAUAUCCUAAAUAAUAGGAAAUUAUUUUAUUAAUAAUUGUCUAUUAUUCAUGAAUCUGUAAAAUCAAAUUAUAUCCUCAAACUCUAAUUGCUAAAUAAGAUUCUAGUCAUUAUACUUAUCAAAUAACAAUAAAAGAUUAUAACUUAUAAAGAUUAAUGAUGAUGAUUAUCAAAUAAACUGUAUGUUAAACAAUAGAGAAGAGAAUCUGUUAAUAAUUGGAAUGGAUAAUCAGAUUAAUUUUUUGGAAAAGAAAAACUAAUGGAGAUUUGUACAAUCUAUUGAAAUUGAUGGAAACAUACGUGGUUUAACUCUAAAUGAAUCUCAGAAUAUGAUUUUAGCCUGUGGAAGUUUUAAUUAUAUAUUAGUUAUUAAAAAAGAUAUUAAAGAUUGGAAAUUGAGCAAAUAAUUUCAUUUAUUCGUGGAAGGAGCUAGAAUUGUUUUUUAUUAGGAUAAAAAAUUUGCAUUUUAACCUUGGUGUUGGCACACUCUCGAUAUUUAUGCCAUAGAUUCUAAAGAUGAAAUUUCACUUAUUUAACAAGUGUAAAUUAAAAAUAGUACCUUUAAAACUUGUGCAGCCUAUUCUCCCUUAUAAUUUAUUGAAAAUAAAUCAAUUUUGUUAAGUAAAAAUUAAAAUUGCUUAAUAAUAUUAAAGUUAAGGAAGAACGGAGAGUUUGUAAAUGAACAAACAAUUGAAUUUAAUUUUCCUUUUCUGUAUGGACAUUUAUCAAAUGAUGGAAAUUAUCUAGUAAUUUGGGAAAGACAUAUAAAAAAAAUUCAAAUUUGGUAAUAUAUAUCAAAUGAUUAAUGA